ACAAUCCAGACAACAGAAUGUUCCGCUUUAUGUCAUCAAAGAAAGGGGGGGGGGGUUGGUACACAUGUACUGUGCUAUUUAUUACUGUCGCCGUUCUUUAUGGUAGCAUAAUACAAUGUGCCCAAAGAGAUGUAAUGUCGUCGAAAACGUACUUUGGCAUGAGAAGAAGCUGUGUUAUGAUAAAAACAAGUCUUACAGCAACGGUCCGCUUUCUGCUUCUGCUGCUGGUGAUGAUAAGCCUCGUACUCAUCCAUGGAGUAUAUGCUGAACGUAUGUACAUGUUCAGGGAAGAUCAGCAAUAGCAGUAACAUAUUGUGCAACACGUAUGGCUACUAAAAUAAUGUCUUCGGCCACGCCUAUGUCAUCUUUCAUGCAAUGUUGCUGCGCAUUACUAUGGUAGGUGGUUGAAGAAAAUCACACACACAACUAAGCCGAUACUUUCUGAUGUAUA